AUGUUGAACGAAAGUCUUACAAACCCAUUCUUUGGUAAAAGUAAGUGCAACAUUGUCAGAGCUGUAAACAUUCUUUUCGAGAAAGGUUUGUUGGAACCAAUUCCAGAUGACAAGCUGACAGAAACUUUUGUACCAAAAGACGAAACAAACUUUUCAUUGUUAGCAAGACCAAAAGUUGUUCCAGACAAAGUUCUAGUACAAAAGAAGUACACAGUUCCACAAGGGGUUGGUAUGUUCGGAUACCAACCUGAACCAGAAGAACUUCCAAUGAGGUUGCAAGAACUUCAAGAUGCUAUAAACAAACUUCCAUUGAGACAUCCAAUUGACGUCAAAUUGUAUUGGAGAGUAUCUGAGUUAGGUCAGAAGGUUUUAUAUGAAACAGGUUGCUUCGACGAUGUUUAUGAGAUAACAGGAGAAGUUUCUCAGAAGAUAAGAGACUCACUUGAAUUUCCACAAACUGGACCAAUAGGUUGCGACAAGUUCGACUCAGAUGAAAAAAUAUACUAUGUCGACCUUAACGCUGCAUACAUGAGGUUUGUCCAAUAUAUUCCGACUGGAAUUCCAAACGAAGAUGGUGAGUUCCCGGGAAGGAACUAUACAGUUGGAAAAGUCAUACAACAAGUUUAA